UGAAACAUAGGCAGACGCAGAUCACAAUAAAAUAAUUUUUCUCGCUCAUCGGCUCAUGGUGUGAAAUCUGAAAAUGUUAAGAUCGUCUGUUUUUUACGAUUAGUAGAAUCGCAACUGAGCGUAUAUCCGAAAAGUUUCACUUUUUUGAAUAAUUAUCACUGCGUAUCCGCAGAAAUGCUGCUUUUACGGUGCAGUCUAUCGCAAAAACUGACAAGAACACUGUGGUCGUCCACAUGUUCAUCCCAUGUUCGCUAUGCCUCCACAUCGCCCAACAUGGGGGAAUAUAAGUACGUGAAUCCACCUCAACCGGAGCAGACAUGGACAGAAUUGACCGAAACUGCAUCCAAGACUAUUUUUUGGAGGGAAUUGGUCAGUGGACUGCUGGUUGUGGUUGGGCAGGUGUUUAAGGAGCCUGCCACUAUCAAUUACCCAUUUGAAAAGGGGCCUCUGAGCCCGCGUUUCAGAGGGGAACAUGCGCUACGACGGUAUCCGUCAGGCGAGGAACGGUGUAUUGCCUGCAAACUGUGCGAAGCAGUCUGCCCGGCUCAGGCUAUAACAAUCGAAGCUGAAGAGCGCGCUGAUGGUAGCCGUCGAACUACUCGAUAUGAUAUCGACAUGACGAAGUGUAUCUACUGCGGAUUAUGCCAGGAGGCCUGCCCCGUGGACGCCAUCGUUGAAGGACCGAAUUUUGAAUAUUCGACAGAAACAAGAGAAGAGUUGCUGUAUAACAAAGACAAACUGCUAACCAACGGCGAUAGAUGGGAAGCGGAAAUCGCCGCAAAUCUGGAAGCGGAUCAUCUGUAUCGAUGAAAGGAUCCUAUUUUGCAAGUAAUUUGCAUGUGGGUUCGCAAAGUUCAAGAAGAUUUACGAAAGAGUGUAGAAUAAUCUUUAAGAACUUGGCAAUUGUACAGCUUCGUUUAAUGGAAGGCCAUCCUGAUUUCGGUAGUGGCCCUGGACUGAUUGUUGAAAUAUUUUUCAGCUGUCUGGUGUUGUACAUUUUACGAAUAACAGUGCAAAGCCAAUCGGCAUUU